CGCCAAAUCCCCUAAUCUCGUGGUGAUGGAUGUCUCUCCCACAACCACCAACCCCAACCCCAACCCCCAUCCGCCCUCUACCCUUUGGUGGUCUUCCAUCCCACGCCAUUCACCAUGACCCAAGGACUCCACAACCCCUUCCCUGCCUCGCUGCGGAGUGAAUGCAGCAAGGCAGCCCAGAUCCUCGAAGCCUUCACCAACCCCGACGCCUUCAACAGCCCGUCGCGCACCCUUCCCCAGAGGAUUCUCACCGGCGCCAAGGGCCUCGCCAUCCUCACCGUCGCCAAGGCCGCAUUCCUGGGCUCGGUGCGCUUCGGCUCCGGCAUUCUCGUGUCGCGUCUCGACGAUGGCUCGUGGUCCGCGCCGUCUGCGAUCGUCAUGGUGGGUGGCGGCUUUGGAGGCCAGAUCGGGGUGGAAGUGACAGACUUUGUGUUUAUUCUUCACAACGAUCUGGCGGUACGCACCUUUGCACAGUUGGGAACUGUCACAUUGGGCAUCAAUGCGUCGUUGGCGCUGGGGACACUCGGGCGAAAUGGGGAGAUCGGGGGUGCUGCCAGCAUCGGGGGCGCUGUCGGGGUGUUUUCGUAUGGGCAGACAAAGGGCGUGUUUGGUGGUGCCAGUGUGGAGGGGGCGAUGAUAAUUGAGAGUCGGCUUUCCAAUAAAAGGCUGUAUGGGCGUAGGGUUACGGCGCGGGAGUUGCUCGGUGGGGAAAUUCCCCCGCCUGAGGAGGCGAGGGAGCUGUUGCAGCGCUUGCAAUCGGGUGUGUUCGAGGGGGAGGAUUCGAAAUCUCGUGGAUUGCCUGACGAGUCGCCGGCUGGGGAAAUCACCAUCCCCAUUCCGCCUGAGCUCCCCUCGGGAGAGGCUUCUGAACGCGCAGCCGAGCUGCCUUCUCAGGUACUACCUCACGAGGCGAGCCAGACUCCAUCCGAACUCCCAUCAGAAGGGUCUGAAGUCUCCGAGCUUUUGUCUGAUGACGCUCCAGGAGACAGAUCGCCCCGUUCUGAGCUCCCACCGAUCACUGAGGCGUUUGAAUUGCCAGCCGAGCUACCAGCCGAGCUGCCAGGAUCAAUGGUGGAGCUUUCCCCUUUGUCUCCUUCGCAUCCUGGAUACUCGAUCCAGCGCAAACCAACCCCGACAUCUCCGGUCUCAGCAAACUCCACUGCCGAGCCACCUACACGCGAUGUCUAACCGUGGGAGGGCGAGCUGCUUCCCAGCCUGCUGACCCCAUUUCGAUUGUGACUCACCUUUUUCUCGGACCGUAUAGCUAGACGAUCACCCCACUCGGCAUACAAGGCAACCUCAGCUUCGAUUUUUUCCGGUGUCGGACGUUAAAUUCUCCUAUCAUCGCACGCACACAGCCUGUUCGGAGAUUGGCGUACCCCCGCUAGAUCCGAGAGUCGAUUAUCAAUCAGCAACCAGGAUGGCAAGGCUGAUAUUCAGCUCAAUAGGCAUCUACUUUCACGGCCAAUAGAA